AUGUACCUCUACGUGCAAGGUCCCCAUUCUCAGUCCUGCAACCCUUUCGCUUCUUCCCGACUCAUGAUCCAACCGGUGCCUCGCGAUGCAGCUGAAGGGGAAGACAUAGUUCUCCAAGUUUAUAAUCUUCCAGAAGAUCUGAAAGCCUUUUCUUGGCACAGAGCAACAUAUAGAGCUCCAACCCUUACUAUUGUAAAAUACAACAGAGCCACAAAUUCCAUCUCCUGGGGGCCUGAACACAGAAUCAGAAAAACCUUAUACAGUAAUGGAUCUCUGAUACUCCGGGAUCUCACUAAGAAAGAUGCAGGAAUCUACACACUAAUAGUUUUGGACAAAGAUUUCAAAAUUGAAAGACUAUACGGGGAAUUUUUUAUAAAGAAGAAUGUGACACAGCCCUUUGUGCAAAUCACUGACACCACAGUCUCAGGAGGUACAUCUGUGAUCUUCACCUGCAUUUCACCUGACACUGAUGUCUCCAUCCGUUGGAUCUACAAUGAGAAGAACCUUCAGCUCACAGAGAGGAUGACUCUGUCUCCUACAAAGUGUGGACUCAAAAUAGAUCCUGUCAGGAGUGAGGAUGCUGGAGAGUAUCGGUCCUCCCUUUUAACUUCCUGGUACCUGUCUUCCACUGCCAGUGUGACCAUUGAAUUUCUGCCAACUCCAGUGGCCGAAGGAGAUAACGUCCUUUUCCUUGUCCACAAUCUGCCAGAGGAUAUUAUAGACAUUACCUGGUUCAAAGGGCUGGAAAAGGAGAAACAACCAAUUGCACUGUAUGUACCGCACAAGAAUUUAAGUAUACCAGGUCCUAUGCACAGCGGGAGAGAGAUAAUAUAUCACAAUGGAUCCCUGCUUCUUGAAAAGGUCACCCAGAAGGAUGCAGGAUUCUAUUCCCUACGAACCUAUACUAGAAGAAGAAAAUUUGUAUCAACAAUACCCAUGUACCUCCACGUGCACGCUUCCAAUUCUCAGUUCUGCAACCCCUUCACUUCUUCCCAACUCAUGGUCCAACCGGUGCCUCACUAUGCAGCUGAAGGGGAAGACGUAGUUCUUCAAGUUUAUAAUCUUCCAGAAGAUCUGAAAGCCUUUUCCUGGCACAAGGCAACAUAUAGAACUCCGGUCUUUAAAGUUGUAAAAUACACCAGAGCCACAAAUUCCAAAUCCUGGGGACCCAAACGAAGAAUAAAAAAGACAGGAUACAAUAAUGGAUCUCUGAUACUCCGGGAUCUCACUGAGAAAGAUGCAGGAGUCUACACACUAACAGUUUUAAAAAAAGAUUUCAAAAUUGAAAGACUAUACGUGGAAUUUUAUGUAAAGAAGAAUGUGACACAGCCCUUUGUGCAAAUCACUGACACCACUGUCACAGGAGGUACAUCUGUGAUCUUCACCUGCAUUUCACCUGACACUGAUGUCUCCAUCCGUUGGAUCUUCAAUGAGAAGAAUCUUCAGCUCACAGAGAGGAUGACUCUGUCUCCUACAAAGUGUGGACUCAAAAUAGAUCCUGUCAGGAAUGAGGAUGCUGGAGAGUAUCGGUGUGAGGUUUCCAACCAAGGAAUGGCUGAUUUCAAGAAUAUUGUGGCCACCCGGUUUAUACAAGAUAUGAAAGCAACUCUGUGGGGACCUGCAUACAGUGGCAGAGAGACAUUGCACAGUGAUGGAUCCCUGCUGCUUCACGGUGUCACUCAGAAAGACUGUGGAUUGUACAUUUUAAAAAUUAUGAGAACAGAUAAGAGAAGUGAAUACACGCAAGUGCAACUCCAGGUGGACAGUCCCCAUUCUCAGUUCUGCAACCCCUUCACUUCUUCCCGACUCAUGGUCCAACCAGUGCCUCGCUAUGCAGCUGAAGGGGAAGACGUAGUUCUCCAAGUUUAUAAUCUUCCAGAAGAUCUGAAAGCCUUUUACUGGCACAAGGCAACAUAUAGAACUCCAGUCCUUAAAAUUGUAAAAUACACCAGAGCCACAAAUUCCAAAUCCUGGGGACCCAAACAAAGAAUAAAAAAGACAGGAUACAAUAAUGGAUCUCUGAUACUCCAGGAUCUCACUGAGAAAGAUGCAGGAGUCUACACACUAACAGUUUUAAAAAAAGAUUUCAAAAUUGAAAGACUAUACGUGGAAUUUUAUGUAAAGAAGAAUGUGACACAGCCCUUUGUGCAAAUCACUGACACCACUGUCACAGGAGGUACAUCUGUGAUCUUCACCUGCAUUUCACCUGACACUGAUGUCUCCAUCCGUUGGAUCUUCAAUGAGAAGAAUCUUCAGCUCACAGAGAGGAUGACUCUGUCUCCUACAAAGUGUGGACUCAAAAUAGAUCCUGUCAUGAGUGAGGAUGCUGGAGAGUAUCGGUGUGAGGUUUCCAACCAAGUCAGUUCAAAGACCAGUCACCCAGUUUCCUGGGGCCAUCAUAAGUGA